AUGUUAAAUGGAGGGCUAACAACCAUUUUGAAUUUCCGCGACGUUGGGAAGACGAUCAACACGUUUCUGGGGCAGAGGCUCGUUAGGGAAGGCCUCUUUUUCCGAUCCGCCCGGCCCGAUGACGCGACCCCGGGUGACCGAAGACGGCUAACGGACGAGUUUGGCAUCCGCACUGUCAUUGACCUUCGGACCACAACUGAGCACAUCAAUGCUGCCAAGAAGCACCAGGCUGAGCUUCAAGCAACCCUCCCUCCUGACGGAGCACCAAAUGGCGCCGCUGCCGCAGAACUCGCCGAGCCCCUCAAAAUCCCGGGGCUCCGGUACCUGGAAAUCAAGCUCACCGGGCGUCGAUUCGAGCGGUUCCUGUUGAGCCAGUUGACGUGGUGGAGUCUCGUCAAGUUCCUGUUCCUGUUUGCCUUUGGCUACCGGAUGCCGGCCAUCGCCAUCCUCGGGCGCGAGGUCAUGAAGCCGCGGGGAAUCGUAGGGCUCGGGCUUGACACCAUCGACCAGUCAGGUCCCGAGAUUGCCGAGACACUGGAAUCUCUCCUCGGGCCUUCAGGCGUGGCACUUCCUGCGCUAGUCCACUGCACGCAGGGCAAGGACCGGACCGGCGUCAUCGUGAUGCUCGUGCUCAUGAUACUGGGCAUCCCGCAGGCCGCAAUCGACUUCGACUACCGGCUUACGGAUGAAGCGCUGCUCCCCGAGAAGACAUCCAGGCUAGCCGAGAUCAGCGAGAUCGGGCUGCCGGCCGAGUUCGCGGAGACGUCUGAGGUACUGAUCAAGAGGAGCGCUGAGCAUCUCGAUACCAAGUACGGCGGCCUUGACGGCUACCUGGAUGAAAUUGGUUUUGACCACGUCAAAAGGGAGAGGCUCCAAGAAUUGCUGUCGUACUGA